ACCAAUAUUAUACAAAUCCCUUCUUCUUCUCCCCUUUUUCCUUUUCUAAAAAAGUAAAAAUAAAUCAUGCUUCAUAAUCGUCUCCUCGUCCCCUGCUUUCUCUGCUUCCUCUGUUUCCUCAACCUCACAACAACCUCAGAACUCUGUUUGGACUCCACCUGCAAUGGUAGUUUUCAAACCAUCCGAUUCCCGUUCAGAAUUCAAAACCAACAACCAAAAUCAUGUGGAUACCCCGCGUUUGACUUAACAUGUCAUCCCUCAGGUCAACCAUUAAUCCAUCUCCCAUUUUCAGGGGAAUUCAUAGUUCAAUACAUAGAUUACAAGAACCAAGAAAUUUGGGUCAAUGAUCCAAACAACUGUCUUCCUCGAAAGAUUCUGUCUCUUAUGCUUUUUGGGUCGCCGUUUGAUGCGAAAAACACUGUAGAUUUCACCUUCUUUAAUUGUUCGGGGAGUGAUGAAAUCCCAUAUGAUUUCAAUUUGAACCCAAUUUCUUGCCUUAGUGGAUUGUCGUAUGCCGUAUUUGCUUCUUCUUCUUCAAUGGUGAAUGAGAUUUUGUCGUCGAGGUGUGAGUUGGUGAAGACUGUAUCGGUGCCGAUGAGUUUGGAGACGUAUUCAUGGGAUUUGAGGAAUGAUCUGAGAUUGGGGUGGAAAAAGCCUAAUUGUAAGAAGUGCGAGUUAAAUGGUGGAAUAUGUGGGAUUAAACCCAAUUCAACUAAUGAAAUUCAAUGCAAAUACAAUACUUCGACUCAAAGUGGGAUGGCAAGAGGAGCUCGGUAUGCAAUAUCAAUUGGAGUUGGAGUACCAGUAACGAUGUGUGUUUUGGGGUUCUUAUGUUGCCUUUGUGCUAGAGUCAGAUCCUCCACAAGUGGGCGCAAUUCAAGCAUUGAGGCCCAUUGGGUUAUCUCUUCUCGGCCCAUUACAAUGGGCCUUGAUGGGCCCACUAUCGAUUCAUAUCCAAAAAUUGUAUUGGGCGAAAGCUUGCGUCUACCAAAGCCCACUGACAAUAUAUGCCCAAUUUGCCUGUCGGAAUAUCGGCCCAAAGAGACUGUGAAGACAAUUCCACAAUGUCAACAUUUCUUCCAUCAAGAUUGUAUUGACGAAUGGCUGAGAUUGAAUCCCUCUUGCCCACUUUGUAGAAUGCCUCCCCUUAAAUCUCCACCGUCCCAUUUUCCCCUCUAAAUACCCUUCAUCUUUCCCCACCUCACUUUACUUUCCAUUUAUCCAAUCUGUAAAUUAUUGUGCAUAUUUUAUUUUAGUUAAUGUACAAAUUUUGACCCCUAUCUUCAAUCUUUACACUUCAAAUACUCUAA